CCAGUUAGACUGUGUACAACCAAAAUGUCGAGUUAUCUUGAAGAUUUUCUGGACGAUUUCGUCUGCUCUAAUUGCUUCCGAUAUUUGUCCGUAAUGCCCGUCAGAGUUUACCCAGGCAAAUUAAGGAAAUGCGGUCGGUGUGUGAAAGACGGCGACGGCGGUUUGGAUUCCGAUGCCAUUAAACUGUACGAAACCAUGAAUUUCCCGUGCGUGAAUCGUUUCGAGGGGUGCAAAAAGGUGCUGCUUCCAUCAAAAGUUAAGGAACACGAAAAAAAAUGCACCAGCAAAAAGUACAAGUGUCCGCUGUGCUAUAAUGCCGAGAUGCCGCUCUAUGAGAUGUGGCAACACUUCAAAAGUUUCCACCGGGAGAAUUUGCUCGAAAAACCCGCCGUUUCCCUUAAUUUGAGCGAAAAAACUGACCGCACAUAUUUCUAUCGCAUCGCAGGGUUCAUUUUUAUGUGGAAAAUUAUCGUCGAUGACGGGCGCAUUCAGUUCAAAAACCAGCUGAUUGGUCCCAACGAAAUCGGUAGAAAAGUAGAACAACAGUUUAGAAUGUCUUCAAUUUUAGACGGUGUGGGGCAAUUUUGGAAAACCACGUAUAAAAAAGAUUUAUUUACUAAUGCCAGCUUAAUUUCCUGCGAGGUGAUUAUCGAUGAAAACACGCUAAUAUUGAAGAAGGAAAAAACUGCUUUCAAUGGAAACGGUCCUGAAUCUAUCUAUAGGAGGAAGUUACAUUUAACUGAUGAAUUUAAAAAAGAUUAUCCAGCAUUGAAACUAUCCCCCUGUGGAUUUUUCCUUCUGAAGGGUUCGCACAAGUUUGCAGGUUUAUGCGAUUUAUGUGGUGAUUGUGGAAAGUAUGUGUUUGAUUAUGGCAACUCUGGAACUGUUUGUAAUUUUUGUAAAACAUACUUAGAUCAAAGAUUUAAUAUUAAUAACAAGAUUAAUUUUGAUAAAAUUGUUUAUUCAUCUGAUGAUUUAUUUUAUUACUGUAAAUGGGAUUGUAAAGAGAAGUUUAAUUAUCGCGAAAUAUUUAGUCAUGAAUUGUAUUGCAUAAAUAGUCCAAAAAUCACGAAGUGUCCAGUGGAAAAUUGUCCAGCAAAACCAUUUAUAAACUUUGGGGAGCUUAAACGCCAUUUUAAAGACCACGGUGGCAAAUUUAUUUCAUUUAAAAUGACAGACAUAUUUAGACUUUAUAAUAAUGCAUAUUAUGGUUUUAGUAACGAGUUUAUUGUUUUGUACAGAGUUAAAGACAAAAAUGUUUAUAUAAUUCCAAAUGAUAAUUAUAAUUCUAGGGACUUUAAACAGAUAGAAAUAGAUCCAACUGAAGGCUUGGAUCGUUUAUACAAUCACCCCUGGCCCUUUAAUAGAAUUGUAGAUAAUACGAUUUUAAGGAGAAUAUAUUCUUCAAUCUCAGAACCUAUAGAUUCUGAGCUUAACAGGGCCUCGACCUCGCGCGAUAGUUCGGAUUUGCCACGAAAACGCUCUAAACAUUGCUAAACACCACUUGUUUCAAAAUAAGUUAUAUCCCGUCACUAUUUUAAAGUAUUUAAAUAAUGUAGGGCUGAACAAGUUAAUUAGCUAGCUAACUGAUCAGCUUAGCUAAUUUAACCGGCUAAGCCGCCAGCUAAUUAGCUAAGCUAAUUCAGUUAACCGGUUAAAUUAGCUAAUUAACUUUUUUAGCCGGCCUAACCGGCUAAAUUGUACAGCCCUAGUAGGUACCAAUAAUAUUUAGCUGUUUUGAAUUAAUAUAUUGUAUACAAUGUUAUAAAUAUUAUAAAUUUUUUAAUUUACUUUCUUCCAUCACACAUACACUUGCAGCAAUACCCA